AGUCAGACAGCAGGGAGGUGUAUUUCCUGCAGUUGCCGUACAGACAAAUAUGGCAGGAGGCAAGAAGAGAAGUGCUCGGCCAUCCACAUUUCACACCAUAGUUAACUCCGUAUGGCAGGAUAAACACCUGAUCUUGUUCAAACCAGAGUACACGGUCCUGGUCACGGCGGUGCUGUGGUGUGUGGAAAUCGGCAUCAACGUGUGGGUCAUUCAGAAAGUAGCGUAUACAGAGAUUGACUGGAAAGCCUACAUGGAUGAGGUCGAGGGCGUCAUUAACGGUACCUAUGACUAUACCCAGUUAAAGGGGGACACGGGGCCUCUAGUGUACCCAGCAGGAUUUGUAUACAUUUUCAGUGCGCUUUACUAUAUUACGGAUCAUGGGCUGAAUAUUAGACUGGCACAGUAUUUGUUUGCUACCUUUUAUCUUAUCACCCUCUUGUUGGUCUUCCGCAUCUACCACCGUACAAAGAAGGUCCCACCAUAUGUUUUCUUCUUUGUGUGCUGCGCAUCAUAUCGGAUCCACUCCAUCUUUGUGUUGCGACUCUUUAAUGACCCCGUGGCCAUGAUGCUGCUGUUUGGAGCAGUCAACCUCAUUCUGGAUGCACACUGGACCCUGGGCUGUGCCCUCUAUAGUCUGGCUGUGUCAGUGAAGAUGAAUGUGAUGCUCUUCGCUCCAGGACUCCUCUUUAUCCUCCUGUCAGAGUUUGGACUGAUGAAGACCAUUCCCAAGCUCACACUCUGUGCCAUCAUCCAGCUUGUAUUAGGCUUGCCUUUCCUCUUGGUGAAUCCUGUAGGCUACCUGAGCCGGGCGUUCGAUCUGGGCCGUCAGUUUCUGUUUAAGUGGACAGUGAACUGGCGCUUCUUGCCAGAGGACAUUUUCCUCAGCAGGUACUUCCACCUGGCGCUGUUAUUUGCUCACAUGACCACACUUGUCUCUUUUGCUUUGAGGAGAUGGAAGAGGUCAGGGAGCAGUAUUUGGGCUCUUUUGAAAGAUCCAUCAGAGAGGAAUUCAGUGACACAGAAGCUCAGUGCCGAUCAGAUUGUUCUCAUCUUGUUCUCUUCCAACUUCAUCGGCAUGUGCUUCUGUCGCUCGCUGCACUACCAGUUCUAUGUUUGGUAUUUCCACACUCUGCCCUUCCUGCUGUGGAGUGGUGGGGUGAAGAAACUGGCUCAUCUGCUCAGGGUGCUGAUACUGGGUCUGAUAGAGCUGGCCUGGAACACGUAUCCCUCUACUACCUACAGCUCCUUGUCCCUGCAUGUCUGCCACCUCAUCAUCUUGCUAUGCCUGUGGUUCAGUCCGACCCUUUCUCCAUCAGAUACAGGCUCAGAGUCCUAUAAGGCCAAACGCCAAUGAGUGCUACUUCACUGGCACCCGUGUUUGUGUUUUUGCUCCAUACACACCUCCCUUCUGGGUGGAGGGAGAAUGUUAGCACUGCUGCUGACCUCUAAGGGAUGAGAUGGGGUCAGAUGUUAGUGUGCAGGAAAAAGCAGGAGGAAAUAACUCGGAUUUUCAAGAUUCUUAAAGAACAAUUUUUUGAGAUGAAAAACGUGACCAUCAUGUAGAUCAGCAUGUAAAGUGACUUUCUACAUGCAGCCCAAUGCAUGUGACUUGAAAAGGACACAUGGUGUCACUUAGUGAUUUUGGGACAUUGAAACAUUAGAAUGAAGGUCUCACCUAUAACAGCGGUUUUCUUUUUCUUUUUUUCCCCUCGACAUCCUGAGAAGUUUGAUUUUCGGCCAAAUUAGUUAAUUUGCACCCGAUUCAGCUAAUCAGUAGUUGGGAUUUCUUUUAGCUCUUGUCUGGCAUGUCAUGAUGUUUUUUUUUGGCCACUAAUAUUUGCAUUCCCUUCUGAUUACAUGUAGUUUUUACACUAAAUGUGACAAUAGAAAUGUGAUAAAAAAUAUAGUUCAUUGAAAUAACUACAAAAAGUUGUGAGACAUUUGAAUGAAAAAUAUACCAUCUCCAGAUACUUCUGAAUAUCUUCAGAGAUUAGUUAGCUGGAUCAGGUUUGUUUGAUUUACAUCAGAACUGUUGAACUAUGUAGAGAGUUUGAUCCACGGCCUGUUUUAACUAUAUAUUUGGAGAUUUUUAUUUAUAAGGUGGAGAGUUCGGUGGACUUGAUGCAUAAUAUAUAAUGAAUGGGUGUAAAGGAAAGAAGACCUUUUGGACAUUGUGCUCAGCAAUAACUCCUCCAUAGACAAGCAUGCAGUUUACAGCUGAAAUCUAUUCACAAAAGUUAGACACUGAACAACAAAACAGCAACCUUGACAUUAAAUUUUUCAAAGACAGAAUCAGAAGGCCAUGUUUCGGACUGAAAAGGAACAGGCUGACUUUUUUGCUACAAGAACAGCAAUUUAAAGUAUUGUUUACAUUGUGGAGUAGUAAAUCUUUUUGAUUUACAGUGCCACCUCAUACUUGGUGAAGGUCUUAUUUUCUGAUGCACUGAGUUUCCAGUUUAUUAGCCUUCACUCGUUUUUAUCAGGUUCCCAUAUCACAGGCACUUUGCAGGUCUACAAUCACAGAGUAUGAAAACAAUCACCACCCAAGUAUCUGGUCAGUGGUGAUUUUUAUAUUUUUCCACUGAUUGACAGCAUAGAAUGGGGCUUGUAAAUGGUGUUCUUUAAAGGUGCACCUAUAUACCUAUAUAGCCAAUGCACCUGAUAUCACGGUCAGUGCGUGUUCAUACAAAUUGGGUGUUACUAACAAAUUAGCAGUACACAAGCUUUGUGUGAAAGUUUUAUCAGCUGAAAGCUUUAAAAUUUGAUUGUAGACAUCUGUUUUAAAUGGUUGGUUUGUGUCUCAUCAGCAGAUGCUUAUCUUUACUCUUUACAACCUUAGCUCCAAACAUGACAAUAAGCUUUAGCCAAGUAAACUACAACCCCGAUUCCAAAAAAGUUGGGACAAACUAUGAAUUGUAAAUAAAAACGGAAUGCAAUGAUGUGGAAGUUUCAGAAUUCCUUAUUUUAUUCAGAAUAGAACAUAGAUGACAUAUCAAAUGUUUAAACUGAGAAAAUGUAUCAUUUAAAGAGAAAAAUUAGGCGAUUUUAAAUUUCAUGACAACAACACAUCUCAAAAAAGUUGGGACAAGGCCAUGUUUACCACUGUGAGACAUCCCCUUUUCUCUUUACAACAGUCUGUAAACGUCUGGGGACUGAGGAGACAAGUUGCUCAAGUUUAGGGAUAGGAAUGUUAACCCAUUCUUGUCUAAUGUAGGAUUCUAGUUGCUCAACUGUCUGAGAUCUUUUUUGUCGUAUCUUCCGUUUUAUGAUGCACCAAAUGUUUUCUAUGGGUGAAAGAUCUGGACUGCAGGCUGGCCAGUUCAGUACCCGGACCCUUCUUCUACGCAGCCAUGAUGCUGUAAUUGAUGAAGUAUGUGGUUUGGCAUUGUCAUGUUGGAAAAUGCAAGGUCUUCCCUGAAAGAGAUGUCGUCUGGAUGGGAGCAUAUGUUGCUCUAGAACCUGGAUAUACCUUUCAGCAUUGAUGGUGUCUUUCCAGAUGUGUAAGCUGCCCAUGGCACACGCACUAAUGCAACCCCAUACCAUCAGAGAUGCAGGCUUCUGAACUGAGCGCUGAUAACAACUUGGGUCGUCCUUCUCCUCUUUAGUCCGAAUGACACAGCGUCCCUGAUUUCCAUAAAGAACUUCUUCAAAUUUUGAUUCGUCUGACCACAGAACAGUUUUCCACUCUGCCACAGUCCAUUUUAAAUGAGCCUUGGCCCGGAGAAGACGUCUGCGCUUCUGGAUCAUGUUUAGAUGCGGCUUCUUCUCUGAACUAUAGAGUUUUAGCUGGCAACGGCGGAUGGCACGGUGAAUUGUGUUCACAGAUAAUGUUCUCUGGAAAUAUUCCUGAGCCCAUUUUGUGAUUUCCAAUACAGAAGCAUGCCUGUAUGUGAUGCAGUGCCGUCUAAGGGCCCAAAAAUCACGGGCAGCCAGCGUGGUUUUCCGGCCUUGACCCUUAUGCACAGAGAUUCUUCCAGAUUCUCUGAAUCUUUUGAUGAUAUUAUGCACUGUAGAUGAUGAUAUGUUCAAACUCUUUGCAAUUUUACACUGUCGAACUCCUUUCUGAUAUUGCUCCACUAUUUGUCGGCGCAGAAUUAGGGGGAUUGGUGAUCCUCUUCCCAUCUUUACUUCUGAGAGCCGCUGCCACUCCAAGAUGCUCUUUUUAUAGCCAGUCAUGUUAAUGACCUGUUGCCAAUUGACCUAAUGAGUUGCAAUUUGGUCCUCCAGCUGUUCCUUUUUUGUACCUUUAACUUUUCCAGCCUCUUAUUGCCCCUGU